AUGGACGUCGAGAUGCCAGUCAUGGAUGGUCUGGGUGCCAUCCGCCGUAUCCGUCAGUCGGAAGCGAAGGGCGACAUUGCAAACCAUGUCCCCGUGAUUGCGAUCACGGCUAAUGCUAGGCAAGAGCAAGUUACUGUUGCGUUGGGAGCUGGUAUGGAUGAGGUUGUUACAAAGCCGUUCUUGGUCAGAGAGUUGGUGCCGCGGAUGGUAGCGUUGGUGCAGAAGUAUAUGGGUGGUUGA